AUGGCAGAGAGGUAUCCACACGCACACGUAUUGGGACUCGACAUCAAGCCUCAAGAUCGAUCAAAUAUUCCUCCGAACUGCGCCUUCGAAAUCUGGGAUGUAAACAAUGGGUUAGAGAAGUUUUAUGGCCAGUUCGACCUCGUUCAUACUCGCUUUACGUCUGGGAUAUUUUCAAACCCACAGGCUGUAUUUCUCGAGAUGGAGCGGUGCCUUAAACCAGGGGGUCUCCUGAUUAUCAUAUCUCCAACUUUUUUGCUCUGCGACGACCGCAAAACACUCUAUCCGUUGUACACAAAGGCAAAUCCACACGGUUCCUGGCUUCAGCGCUCAUUCAUGGAGAUGUUUCCUGGGAUAAAGAGACUCGGAAUUGAAACCCAGCUAUUUGAACGUGAAAUCGACAAGGGCCUGUGGAAGCAUGAACUUAUGGAUCCAUCAUCGUGCGCAGCUGCCCUUAUAACUGCCCCAAUUGGACACUGGCUAUCAUCUCCAGACUCCGAGGAAGCCGCACGUCUCAAAAGGGUUGGGGAAUGUUGGAGAGAUAACUUUCUAAUGGUCCAUCGUCACUGGGAACGACUGCAUGAAGUCUCCGGGCUAUCUCAUGCAGAGGUGGAAUUGACUGCUAACAGCGUAGACGAUGAGAUCAAGGAGGGCCGACAUCGUAUGUUGACACAUCUCAGAGCGAUCUGGGGCCUGGCUCGAGGAUCUGCUCACUCUAUUUCAAUACCGUCAAGGCCCUUGACCCCGGAGAAGCCCUAUGGAUCCUUCCAAGUUGUGAGCAUCCACCACUCGGAGGAUGAGUGGAUUCGAAUGGCAGAAGAAUUCCGAGCGACGUUUACGCCUGAGGUACAUUUAUUCCUUGAAGUUCCAAACUUUGACCCUCUCCUGUAA